AUGGAUGGAUAUCUGAACUCUUCGCUGGAGGAGAAGACAAUAUACGACAUAUACCGGGCAUGUCGGCUGUGCGGUGCUGGCGCUGGCUAUAAGAUGCCCAUCAUGCAGAACGUUGUACACCUAGACAGUUCUGAGGUCCACCAAGAGGAUAAAAUGCCACCAUUGAUAUGUGAACUGUGUGUGGAUAAAGUGAACGAUUUCUACGAGUUUUUAGAAAUGUGCCGUCAGACUAAUAAACGCACCCGGCUCCGUCUGGGGCUGCCUCCUCAGACGAUGCCACGAGGCGCGCCGGAUGCGGGAGACUGUAUAUUAGGAGUGACCGAGCCUGUGUAUCUGAAUGAGGACUCCAAUGAAUCACUUCUGAAACCCCGGGAAAGGAACUUCAAGGGCAGACUCAAGAAGGAACACGAGUCUAAUAAGAAAGUAUCUAAGAGUAAAGACAGCCGUAAAUUAUUAAGACAGGAGACUCCACCGAGACACAGAGCUAGCAAGAGAGGGUUAAACGAGAAUGUGGCUCUCAGUACCUUACAGAUGGGGUCUAAUAAGAGGUCAGGGAUGAUGCCCAAGUCUAUAUUGAGGAAUGAAGAGAUAAAGGUUGAAGAGGACUGUUCUCCGUCCAGGUCUAAGAAGAGUCGGGACUCAAAAGAUACACCAGCUACUAAGAGAGUUAAGAUAGUUGAUAGCAAGUCUUCCCGGCCAGCCAAUAAGAUGGAUUUCAAAUGUACGACGUGCAAAGCUCAGUUCACAAGCAGGCGCUCCUUGGACAGGCAUACAAGGACCCAUACACAGAACCACAAGAAGGCGAGCAAGACAUUCAGCUGUAGUAAAUGUAAGAAAGAUUUCCCCAACAAGAGUACCAUGGACAAACAUAAAUGUACUGGCCCUCCCCGCUACAACUGUUCCCUGUGCGGUCGUUCUAUCAACAACGCGAAUAACCUCGCCGCCCACGAGAGAGCCUGCCGCAACAAAAAAGAGUUUAAAAUAAGUCCGGUGCUCAUGAAGAAAUUAAAACCUGUACGGAUACAGCUCCAGCGGUGUGAUCCUUUGUUGGAGAGACGGAGAGGGGAACGCUUUGAUGUGUCCUCUGUACAAGAGAACUUUGGCCUGGCCAAGAACUGCAUCUACCCAUAUCUGAGAAGAAGCAUUAAGACUGAACCGCCUUACAUGGUUAAUAUACACCAAGAUAUAGAUGAGUUUGAUUUAAACCAGGAAUAUGUGCAUUGGGACUCGGACAGCACAGAAUCUGACACAGAAAUGAAACACACAGUCAGCUCAUUAACCGCACUCACAUUAAGAACAAUAUUCUCAGAUAAAUUCAUAGGAAAAGUACCCAAAAGAAAAAGAAGAAUUAGGAAGACAUCGGAUUCAAACUUUGAUUCAGAGAAACUCGGGAUAGACAGCAUCAUAAACAGUUUGGAUAAAAGAGAUGAUGACUCAUUAUUUGGUGAUGAGAAGGUUGAUGUUAUCACCAAUGAUGACUUUGACUCGUUACUGACUGACCACGAGAGUCAGUCAGUGGUCAAGGAACAGAGCAGACUAGAUGACUUGAGUAACAAAGAUAUAGGAAAUAUAAGUCAUGAUUCAAUAGAUGCAGAGAUGAAAAGCAAUGAAGAUAUUAAUCAUACAGGUCUGGAAAGUGAUCUGAGUCACAAUCAAACAACCGAAGACUUGAGGCCGUGUGAUGUUAAUAGCGACAGUAGGAGUGAAAUAACUACAGACAAAUCUGUGGAUUGUGAAGAUAAUAAUACAGUAUGUGGCGAUAGUGUUAGUGAUACACAAGUUAAUGAUAAUGAUACGAGAACUAAUGAUAAGGAUACGAUAGUUCAUGACAAUGAUACAGGAGAUAGUGAAACACGUGCUCAUGAUAAUAAUACACUAGUUAAUGAUAAUGAUAUGUCCGUUAAUGAUAAUACCAAGCGAAGUGAGAAAACACGAGAUAAUAAUACGCUACACAAUGAUAUGUCCGCUACUGACAAUGUCACACGAGAUUAUGAUAAAAGAGAUAAUAGUACACCAGUUAAUGAUAAUGAUAUGUCAUUUAACGGUAAUGACACGCGAGAUGAUGAUACAAGAAAAAAUGAUACGCCAAUCAACGAUAAUGAUAUGGAUGAUGAAAAUGUAGAUAUCACUAUAGAAAAGGAGGAGGAAAAAUUUCUUAUUAACAUUGAACUUAGUAUAAAUAAUGAUAAGGAUGAUGACAAAGAUGAACAAACUGAUUUAUAUGAUGGAGAAGUGAUUGAAGAUAUAGAUGAUAAGAAAUUAAUGCAGGCCUUGAAUGAACAACUGGGUGAAGAUGGGGAUAAGGAUGAUAGUACCGAGGACAAAGUUAACAAUGACCUUGGAAGUAUACCCAGCGGCUCUCCAUUAUAUGUUUUCGGAUUUGGGAUACAGUUAGAAGGUCUUAUAGAUUUGGGUCCGAAAUGGAAUUACAAAUACAAACUCUUUCCUAUAGGAAAAGAUUUUGACGAUAUAAAGAAAACUUAUUUGGAGGGCAGAAAAGACAAUGAUGAGAAAAAUACGGAAAACGAAAAACGAAUUAAAAUAAUGAUGAAAGAUCUUAAAUUGGAUGAAAAGGGAUUGGAGAUUGAAAUGGGACAAGAUAUUAGGACGCCAGGUGUGGUGACGAAAUAUGAUAGAAGCCAAACAAAACAACUAAACGAUGAUGAAAAUAAACAACAAAAACAAAAAAAUGCUACCGAAAUUGAUGUAUUUAAAGAAAACUUACAAGAAUUUCUAAAGCACAUCAUAGAUAAAGCUGUUAGAGUAUGGGACGAUAUCGCCAGGCUGGCAGAUGGCGAGAAACUCCAGCGUAAAGUCAACGAAAUGAAGAAGAAUUACAUCCAACAAUUCGGAGGAUUCGUUAAACAAUCAGAGAAUCACAAGCUGAGGACGAAACUGAGCUCGCAGAAGUUCAUCCUGAACACUAUAGACACAUCCAACAGGAUCAUGCAACGGCUCGUCAACUACCUGGCGACGAACGGCAACUUCGCCAGGACACUCAACAUAUUUAACUUGGAGAUAGAUAGAGAGAAACAGCUGGAGUAUCUGUUCGCCUGCAAGAAGUUCGGCGUGUGUCGCAGCAGGAAGGAGUUCAGCGAUCUAAUGGUUGAAAUCCUUGAUAUAAUACUACAGGCUGAUAAUUUUAAACUACAACAAGCAGCGAACGCCAUCACAGAGUCUUUCAAAUCGACUGACUUCACUCUAACCAUAGAAGACAGCACUCAGAAGGACAUACGUAAAGUAAUUCAACGCAUCGAGCUUUGGGGUCCAUUAGAACUGAGAGCGAUGUUCUCCGUAUUGAAAAACGCGUUGGUGCACAAAAACGAGCCCUUCAUAGUAUUUCAAAAUAAAGACUUACAGAUCAUAAACAAAACUACAGCGUUCCAGGAAAUUGUGGACACGUUAGAUAAAAAUAUCUUAUUAUCGGAUAAUGCGGUUCAAUUUGAUAAAGUUAUAGAUAAAUUAACGAAAUGGAGAGAAGGAUCUGGUAGUGAGGUUCAGGGUGCCUUCGAGUCUCUUGUGAAAAUGAUCAAAAAUGGAUUGGAAAAACUCGAUUCGAAAACAGCUGAAGAUGUAGACAAAAACUUUAAAGUACUGUUAAAGCCUCUCAGACUAUAA